AAUGGAGCCGGGGCUAGAGCCCUUUUCCUCUAAUAAAAAUGGAGCAAGGCCAUGGGAUGCUGAUGCUCACCAGCUUCACAGGAUACUGAGCAGGCAGCUCCUGAUGCCGCGAUUCUGAUGGAGCAGGUCUUGAUGCGCCAAACGACGGCCAAAUCGAUCGCCCGGCGCGGCGCGGUCGAGGCCGGCAUUCCGUCGAACAGAGCGCGGGCGCCCGCCUACUCUCUCCCCGACGGCGAAACCUUCCAGUCCCUGUUCCCCUCGACGGCUACGCGCUCGGCCGAGGCAGAGGCCCCCACGCGGCAGGGGCGCUUCUGGCGUGGCGCCCCGAGCCGCGGCCACCUGCCUGCCCGGAUUCCAUCGCCCCACCUCAGUGCUCGCGCGCGCGGCGCGAGUGCGGCGCGAAUCCGAUCCCCCCGUAUAAGAAGAGGCGGGGGUGAGUGGGCGGAUGGGAACGCGGCCCGGCUCGCGAAACCGAAUCCUCCCUCCUCCUCCUCCUCCGGGAACUGCUUCGGAAUCGAGAUUCAUCCUUGCCGGUAGGUCGGCAACGCAACCAUGGAAGAAGGGAAAGACAAGAAUAACACCACCGAGAAGGGGCUGUUCUCAAACAUGAUGCAUGGGUAUCCACCUCAUGGAGGAUAUGGAUACCCUCCUCAAGGUUACCCGCCACCAGGGGUCCCCUACCCUGCUCCCGGGGCGUAUCCUCCUCCACCGCAAUAUGGGUACCCUCAGCCGGGUGGCUACCCACCUCACGGUGGAUAUCCCCCCGUCGGCUACCCUGGCUACGGGGGUGGCCACGGAGGCCAUGGCUAUGGCGGCGGGCACAUGGGCUACGGAGGCGGCUAUGGCGGCGGCGGCCAUGCUCUCGGGCACCACCAUGGAGGCCACGGCUACGGCCAUUAUGGUCACGGAGGCCAUGGCUACGGGCACCACGGUCCCGGACACUACCACGGCGGGCACGGCUGGGGGCACCAUGGCCAUGGAUAUCACCACCACCACCACCACGGCAAGCACGGUUACGGCAAGUUCAAGAAGUGCAAGUGAUUUGCGUCUGCACACGGUGAUUGCGCCUCAUCAACUAUCUUAAGUAAGCUUGGUUCCAGAAAUACUCGCGCGGCUGGGAAGAGCGCUAGCAUGUCUCCCGUGAGACUGAUGAUGCAAUGCACCUGUACUGUUACUGGAUACACCACAUAAUUUGGUGCUCCAGAUAAUAAGGUCUGCUAAUAAGUAGCGGAAUCACAUACCAGUCAUUUGCUGCAGUUCAGGUGUUCUCUUUUGUCCACACAUGGAUGUGCUUGCUCUUGGCUAGCUAGAUAUCAUGCCCGAUCAGAUCAGUGGUCAGUCCAUGCCCCUAGUACACACGUCAUGUGAAGGCCGGCGCCUGGGUGCGACCGUGGUGAUCAUCCUGCGCAGUUGCACGGCGCAAGGUCGGCGUUCAUCAUGUAGUGGCAGGCUGGCAGCCGCUGGGGAGGCGAGCUCCGGAGCUCCGGCGAGCAGCUACCCCCUCCCUCCCUGCCGUGCCGUGCCGUGCCAAGCUCAAGCGAGAACAAAGAGAGGUGGUCGACAAGGUGGCUGGCCGUGUGGAACCAUGGCAAGAUUGUUGUUGGCCUCGGGAGGUAGGCUGGUUCUUAUAAACGACCGCCUCACCAACAUCCCAAUGUUUAUCAUGGGAUUCUACCUGUUACAGUACAAGAUAGCAUUCAUGACAAAUUGGAUAGGGUGCGAUUCAGUUUUUUUGUUCUAUAGAAGUAAAGAGCAAGGCAAGCAUAAAUACCAUAUGAUCAAGUGGGAGGCUAUAUGUUCUCCAAAAGAAAAGGGUGGCCUUGGUGUGAUAAACACCAAAAAUUA